CUCUCUUCUUACAAAGUAAAGCUCUUCCGGCUUAUAUAAAUACAAAAUAGUUUCCAUUAAACCCUCACAAAACCCUAGUCUCUCUCUCCUCCUCCCUCUUUCUUCCUUCUUCCUUAUUCAUUUCGGCGAAACCCUUAGCUCGGACGAAAUGCCUCUAGGCGAACGCCCGGGCGACAAAAGCGAGUCUCGCUAUUGUGGCGUCGAGACCAAUUUCAGCCAUGACAUGCCUCAACUUUUGUCGAACCAUAUUUGCGGUGCUGGAUUCGAUUUCGUCGUUGCUCAACUGAUGGAUCCUGCUUAUCGGCCGAGCUUACUGCAGAAAGAAGGUGGUGAAUAUGGUGCUCUGCCUUUUGCUGGAUCAGACCUAGUUUUAAGUCCUUCUCAGUGGAGCAGUCAUGUUGUAGGAAAAGUUAGCUCAUGGAUUGAUCUAGACGCUGAAGAUGAGAUUCUUCGAUUAGAUUCUGAAACCACCCUAAAGCAAGAGAUUGCAUGGGCUUCUCAUCUCUCCCUGCAGGCAUGCCUUCUUCCAGCUCCUAAGGGAAAGUCCUGUGCUAAUUAUGCUAGGUGUGUGAAUCAGAUUUUACAAAGUCUAAACAAUAUGCAGUUGUGGCUUAGGAUUCCGUUGGUGAAAUCUGAUGAAGACUCCACGGAUUCCAAUUCAGAUCAAUUGAUUGAUUCGUGGGAGAUUUGGAAUUCUUUUCGGCUGCUUUGUGAACAUCAUAGUCGCUUAUCAGUUGCCCUUGAUGUUAUGAGUUCAUUGCCUUCACCUAACUCCCUUGGACGUUGGUUUGGAGAGUCUGUUCGAGCAGCCAUUGUUAAUACUGAUUCAUUUUUAACAAACACAAGGGGUUAUCCAUGCUUGUCAAAGCGUCACCAGAACCUAAUCACGGGUUUCUUCAAUCAUGCAGUACAGGUUGUAAUAUCUGGAAAACCAGUACACAAUCUUCCUAGCGGAAAUACAAAUUUGACUGCCAGUCAAAGUAUUAAUAAUGUUGAUGGUGAUAAGAGGCAUCCAUUGAGGUCGUAUUUGGAUUACAUUGGUUAUCUCUACCAAAAGUUGGAUCCCAUUCCAGAGCAAGAACGAUUUGAGCUGGGAUACAGGGAUUUUUUGCAAUCACCCUUACAGCCUCUUAUGGAUAAUCUAGAGGCUCAAACCUACGAGACAUUUGAGAAGGAUACAAUGAAGUACAUUCAGUACCAAAGGGCAGUUUCUAAAGCUUUAUUGGACAGGGUUCCUGAUAAAGAGGCAUCAGCUAUUACAACAGUAUUGAUGGUUGUAGGAGCAGGACGUGGACCUCUUGUAAGGGCAUCAUUACAGGCAGCUGAAGAAACAGGGCGCAAGCUUAAAGUUUACGCUGUUGAGAAAAAUCCAAAUGCAGUUGUUACACUUCAUAGCUUGGUCAAACUAGAGGGAUGGGAAAGCGUUGUUACCAUAAUAUCUUGUGAUAUGCGUUACUGGAAGGCUCCUGAAAAAGCUGACAUUUUGGUUAGUGAAUUGUUGGGUUCUUUUGGUGAUAAUGAGCUGUCUCCUGAAUGCCUUGAUGGAGCCCAAAGGUUCUUGAAGCCUGAUGGAAUCUCAAUACCAUCAUCGUACACAAGUUUCAUCCAACCAGUGACAGCCUCAAAGCUUUAUAAUGAUGUGAAGUCACAUAAAGAUGUUAUACACUUCGAAACUGCUUAUGUUGUUAAAUUCCACAGUAUUGCAAAGCUUGCUUCUCCUCAACCUGUGUUUACAUUUACACAUCCAAAUCAUUCUACUGAAAAAAGCAAUAAUCGGUACACGAAACUGCAGUUUGAAAUACCCAGUGAUACUGGCUCAGCCAUGGUUCAUGGAUUUGCUGGGUAUUUUGAUGCAACAUUAUACAAAGAUGUCCAUCUUGGUAUUGAACCAUCAACGGCAACACCAAACAUGUUCAGCUGGUUUGCAAUAUUUUUCCCACUAAGGACUCCAGUCUGUGUAGAACCCGGUUCUAAUCUCGAAGUACAUUUUUGGCGUUGUUGUGGUCCUACCAAGGUAUGGUAUGAGUGGGGUGUCACAUCACCAAGUGCAUCAGCCAUUCACAACAGUAAUGGACGGUCAUACUGGGUUGGUCUUUAAGAGCAUCUCCACUCUCAUUUUUUUUUUAUUAAAAUAGCUAAACAGUUAAAAUAGUUAAAAUAGAGUAUUUUUAUUGUUGUUACUCUAAUCAUACUUUUUUACUAUAGUUAGUGUUUGAUUAUUUUCAUAAUAUUUUAUAAUUUAAAUUUAUAAAUAUAAA